AUAUGGGCACAUGCCGACCACAAUCACACUGGCUUCCUCAGUCGUCCUGAGUUUUAUAAUGCUCUUAGGCUUGUUACGGUUGCUCAAAGCAAGCGAGAAUUGACACCAGAUAUUGUCAAAGCAGCACUAUACGGCGCUGCUUCUGCUAAAAUCCCGCCUCCACAAAUAAAUAUGGCUGCCACACCUGUGCCACAGCCAAAUCCAGUAGCUGCUUCGCCUUUACCACAGAUGGGUGUUACUAAACAGCCAUCUCCUCAAAAUUUUGGGUUCAGAGGACCACCUCCUUCAACUCCUAGUCCAAACCCGCAGUUUGGUGCUGUGCAAUCAAAUACUGGCAUGACUCAACCCAUGCCUUCAUCUGUAGGCACGAACCAGCUGCAACUGCGUGGACCCCCACCUUCAAGUCCUGGCAUGAAUCAGCAGUACUCACAGUUACAACCUGCAAUUACGAUUAACCAGCUAUCGUCACAAUCUCAACCUGCUCAACCAACGAGUACAAGUAUGAACCAGCUGGGUGGACAGUCACAAACUCUGAACACAGGCACGAAUCAGCAGUUUGGACGCAAUCCUCCUAGUGCAAAUGUGAACCAGCAAUUUUUCCCAAGUCAAGGUAACCAGAUAAGAACGCCUCUAUCAAUGUCUACGACUGGUUUGCAUCCGUCUCAGGUUGUGAGUAGUCCCAAUAUUUCCGGUGCCAUGGCUGGUCCUGGUCUUUCAAACGCAAAUAGAGAUUGGCUUAGUGGAAAUAGUUUUUCUGCUUCCACUGGACCAAUAACACAAAACAACUUAGUUGGAGGACUCGGUCCCUCUAUUUCUCAAGGUUCUUCAGCUUCCCAAGAUCUAUUUUUAACAUUUCCUGCAACAGCAGCCAAGGAUCUUAAAGGACCGGUUACUUCAGGAAAUGGACCCACUCCAGAUUUGUUUUCUGGCAACCAGUCUUCAUCAUGGAAAGUUUCAUCUGCGCCACAAAAACCUGAGGUUAACCUGCCUACCUUUUCAGCCAUUGUUCCUGCCACUCCAAGUUCCCAGCCGCCAGCUAAGCCUGACCCUUUUGAAGCCUUGAAAAGUACUCUUAUAAAACCAUCUGAUCCAACUCAAGUGAAUUCCUCAGUCUUGUCUCCUGGGAUCCAAGCUGGCUUAGGGGGUUCCACUCCCAAUCAACCGCAGGCACCAUGGCAAAAAAUGACACGUGCUGGAAUUCAAAAAUAUGCAAAAGUUUUUAAGGAAGUUGACACUGAUAGAGAUGGGAAACUUACUGGUGAUCAGGCACGGAACCUUUUUUUAAGUUGGAGGCUUCCAAGAGAAAUCUUAAAGCAGGUUUGGGAUUUAUCUGAUCAAGAUAGUGAUGGCAUGCUUUCUCUGAGGGAGUUCUGCGUUGCUCUCUAUCUAAUGGAGCAGUACAGAGAAGGACGCCAGCUUCCCUUUACGCUGCCCAAUAGUGUCUUGCUCGAUGAAACUUUGUUGUCUUUGGCGGGUCCACCUACAGCUUAUGGAAGUGCGGGGUGGGGCCUCGCUCCUGGUACAAGACCGCACCAGGGCUUCCAUGGUUCCCAGCCCAUCACAUCAUCUGGUUUAAGGCCUCCAAUGCAGCCUAUAGUUGCUCAAUCUGAUGGAUCCGUGCAGUUCAAUCAGAAAAGCGCUGUAGGUCCUGCAGUAGAUAAUUCCCAUGCUAAUCAACUUAGUAAUGGUGAUGCAAAUUCUUUGGAUGCUAAGGAACAGGAGGCUGCUGAAACAAAUGAAUUGGUUGACAAGGAGAAGUUGAUUCUGGAUUUCAGAGAAAAGCUUGAAUUCUAUCGAACAAAAAUGCAAGACCUUGUCUUGUAUAAAAGUAGAUGCGAUAAUUGGCUCAAUGAAAUUACUGAAAGGGCUAGAGCUGACAAAAAUGAGGCCGAGUUACUGGAAAAGAAAUACCAGGAGAAAUAUAAGCAAGUUGCUGAAAUUCAUUCUAAGUUAACUAUUGAAGAAGCUGCAUUUCGUGAUAUCCAGGCAAGGAAGUCGGAGUUGCAACAAGCCAUCACUAAAGUGGAACAAGGUGGAAGUGCUGAUGGUAUUCUUCAGGUGCGUGCUGAUCGUAUACAAUCAGAUCUUGAGGAACUAAUGAAGGCUUUGGGCGAUCGUGGCAAGAAGCACUCUAUAGAGAUCAAGUCAUCCUCAUUAAUUGAGCUUCCUCCAGGUUGGCAACCUGGAGUUCCAGAGGUAGCGGCGAUAUGGGAUGAAGACUGGGACAAGUUUGACGAUGAAGAGCAGAGAGAAAAUUCUCCCCCAACUGGUGGCUCUUCCCCGGACCAGGUGUCCAAUGAUGCCACGACAUCUGAAAAACUCUUCGCCAGUGCCUUCGAUGCAGAAUCAGUCUACAGUGUGGAUGAACCAAAGAGCUCACGAGGAAGUCCUGGGAGGCAAACUACUGGGAGUCCAAUUCUAGAACAUUUCAGAAAAAGCUCUGGUGAUGAUGCUGAAAAUCACAGAAGCUUUGAUGAACCAAGCUGGGGCAAUUUUGACAACAUUGAUGAUACUGACUCAGUCUGGGGCUUCAAUGCUAAGUUGCAUUCUUGA